AUGAAAGGCUCUUCUUUCAAAUAUGCUUUGAGACAGCGUAGCAGCGUGAGGCUUUCACGAGGUAUUUCAUCUAUACCUCGACCGAGUAAAGGCUCAAGCUCAAGCUCAAGCUCGCCCUCGGGCUCAGUAGUUCAUUCAAGACAGUACUCGAUAUUCAAUUCACCACAUCCAUCUAAACCACCAUUAUAUGGACAGCCGCACCCUUCUUCUCAUCCACAUUUAGUGAAAUCUACAGAAUUGACUCCUGGUAUCCCUGCGGAAGAAUAUGAGUCUAGAAGAAAGAAAUUGAUGGAUAGUCUAGGUGAAGGAAGUAAGGUCAUAUGUAUGGGAGGCACAGUGAGGUUGAUGUCACAAAGUAUCUUUUAUAGAUUUAGACAAUCUACCGAUUUCUACUAUCUGACGGGGUUUAAUGAACCUGAUUCAACACUGAUAUUGGAGUACGCACCUUCAACAUCGAGAGGAUAUAAAUAUACUCUGUUCGUGCCGCCAAAAGAUUCUCAUGAUGCUUUAUGGGAAGGUGAAAGAGCUGGUGUAGAAGGAGCUAUAAACAUUUUUGGUGCUGACGAGGCUCAUCCAAAUACAUCACUCUCAUCAUUCUUACCAUCCCUAUUAUCAGUUUCACCUGGACAAUCGAUAUACGCAUCACUUCCACCCAAACCAUCACCUUCAGCAUCUUCACAACCAUUCCAGCCGCCUUCUCCUCGACGUAGAUCAUCACUAUUAAAACUAUUCUCGUCCUCGUCAAAUUCAACUGAGUUGAAUCCGACUGAUCCACCACAUUUACUAUUGGCAGCUGCAUUAUCAUCAGAACAUGUAUUACCGUUAGAAAAACCAAUACAGAAAAUCAGAAUGAUCAAAUCAACAUUGGAAUUGAAAAUGAUGAAACAAGCUGCUGAAAUAAGUUCGCACGCACAUACAAAAGUAAUGAGAAUGGCCAAACCAAAUUCAAAAGAAAGAGAUCUAGAAGCUUUGUUCGAAUACGAAUGUAUAGUCAAUGGCGCAGAAAGACAGGCAUAUGUACCAGUUGUUGCGAGCGGUGCAAACGCUCUGGUCAUUCAUUAUACGCGAAAUGAUUGUGUGCUCGAUCAGAAUGAUCUGGUACUCAUUGACGCAGGAUGUGAAUACAACAUGUACUGCUCAGACAUUACGCGUACAUUCCCCGUCUCUGGUCAAUUCUCAGAUCCACAAAGAGAUCUGUAUACUGCUGUGUUAAACGCUCAAAAGGAAUGUAUAAGGAGAUGUACAAUCGAAGGUGAUGUCACCCUGAGCGAGUUACAUAGAGCUAGUUGUGGACUACUUCUUGAGGAGUUGAGACAAAUAGGAUUCAAACUUACAGUAGGAGAUGUAGAGAGGACUUUGUACCCUCAUUUCCUAUCACAUCAUCUAGGAUCAGAUUUACAUGAUUGCCCAACGAGGGAUCGCAGUGCUACUCUGGUCGAAGGGAAUGUCAUUUCGGUCGAGCCUGGGAUAUACGUCCCAUAUGAUAACAGAUUCCCUAAACAUUUCCAUGGAUUAGGGAUAAGAAUAGAAGAUGAAGUCGCUUUGACGAAAGAUGGACCUUUGGUACUUUCCGCAAAUGCGCCAAAGGAAAUUAAAGAUGUGGAAGGCGCAUGUCAGGGGUUGCUGGAAUAG